UGGCAUGUGAGUUUGUCUCGGUGAAGAGCGAGUCCAUUGGAUCCGGAUUUAUAAAUACCCUUCGCCUUCAUUUCAAUCCCUCACUUCGCUGCUUCUAUCAUCCUACUCUAUAUUGAUCGCAGAUCUCGGCCUCUUCUUUUGCCAGAAGAUAAGAUAUGGAUACCUUCCUGUUCACCUCCGAGUCUGUCAAUGAGGGGCACCCUGACAAGCUCUGCGAUCAAGUCUCAGAUGCCAUUCUUGAUGCUUGCCUAGAACAGGACCCCGAGAGCAAAGUCGCUUGUGAAACUUGCACGAAAACCAACAUGGUCAUGGUCUUUGGUGAGAUCACAACCAAGGCUACGGUUGACUAUGAAAAAAUAGUUCGUGAUACCUGCAGAGGGAUCGGGUUCACAUCACCAGAUGUUGGCCUCGAUGCUGAUAACUGCAAGGUCCUUGUCAACAUUGAGCAACAGAGUCCUGAUAUUGCCCAAGGAGUUCACGGUCACCUCACUAAGAAACCUGAGGAGAUUGGAGCUGGUGACCAAGGGCACAUGUUUGGCUAUGCCACUGAUGAAACACCAGAGCUGAUGCCGCUUACUCACGUCCUUGCGACCAAGCUCGGGGCCAAACUCACUGAAGUGAGGAAGAACAAGACCUGUGCUUGGUUGAGACCUGAUGGAAAGACACAAGUUACUGUUGAGUACAGAAACGAAGGAGGUGCCAUGGUUCCUAUUAGAGUUCACACAGUCCUCAUCUCUACCCAGCAUGAUGAGACUGUUACAAAUGAUCAGAUUGCAGCUGACUUGAAGGAGCAUGUCAUCAAGCCCGUGAUUCCUGAACAGUAUCUUGAUGACAAGACCAUCUUCCAUCUCAACCCAUCAGGCCGGUUCGUGAUUGGUGGUCCCCAUGGAGAUGCUGGUCUUACUGGUAGGAAGAUCAUUAUUGACACCUACGGUGGGUGGGGUGCUCAUGGUGGAGGUGCUUUCUCCGGAAAAGAUCCAACCAAGGUGGACAGGAGUGGUGCAUACAUUGUGAGGCAAGCAGCAAAGAGUAUUGUGGCAUCUGGUCUUGCCCGUAGAUGCAUUGUGCAAGUGUCGUAUGCUAUUGGAGUAGCAGAGCCACUGUCUGUGUUUGUUGAUACAUACAAGACGGGGACGAUCCCUGACAAGGAUAUUCUGAGCCUUAUCAAGGAGAACUUCGACUUCAGGCCAGGAAUGAUGGCCAUCAACCUAGACUUGCUGAGAGGAGGAAACUUCAGGUACCAGAAGACUGCUGCUUAUGGUCACUUUGGCCGCGAUGAUCCCGAUUUCACCUGGGAGACUGUUAAGAUCCUCAAGCCUAAGGCUUGAAUUAUUUGAGCUCGUUGCUGCAGACCAAUAACAAGCUUGGCUGGAUAUAUCAAAGACUACGCCUAUAUUUUUCGGAACUCCUAGAUGCAGUAUUACUAGUGUUAUUUUGUGUGUUCAAAAUGUGGGAGCCUGCUGUAUUUUUGAAUUCAUCUUCGUACUUUCCUUUCCUUUCCUUUUUUCUAUUUACCUACUGUUGUUCUGUGUUAGCAAAAGUUUCCUCCUAAGUGAAGCUUCACAGUUUGGAGUCAGAGAUUGAAUAUUAUAUUCAUUUUAUGAUUUAUCAA